AUGCUUUUGAGUGUUCCAGAACUGGUAGAAUUCGAUAAGUCAGCUACAAUACUGUAUUGGUAACCUAUAUUUAGGGUUCUAGUCUUUAUUGUUUUUAGCUGUUAUAUCAAUACGAGCUACAGAGACCCUGGGUUUGUGCACGCAAUUAAGAUCCUUUCAGACCAAAACCCUGUGCACCCUACAGAGCAGCCAUCGAUAGAAAUCACCUCAAACCAUAAAUCUCAAGCAUCUGUAGGAUUCGUUGAAUUAUAGGUGUUUUCCCUAUAUAGCCGGAUAAGGGCCGUGGGUUCUCCAUGGAAUCCCUCUAGUGGUUUGACCAACAGAGGGAUUCCACGGAGAACCCACAGCCCUUAUCGGGCCAUAUCGGGAAAGCCCCUAUAUCAGACCCAAAUUUCUAUAUUUCUCCAUCAAAAUGCCAUCAAAGAUAUAUGAGCACUGAACAUGAUGACACUGAAAAAAACAUCCAAGGAAGAGCUGGCAGCCAGGCAGAAAAAGAGCUGGAAGACGAAAACUCGGGACCAUUGCAGAUUGAUAUGUUAGGAAAUAAACCAAUCGUCGAUGAUAUUGAAGAAGAAGACUAUUCUCCUCAGUCUCCGACAGACGUAAGCGCGGUAGGAGAAAACAAAUUCCAAAAAUUUGAAGAUGUUAUUAUAACAGAAACCAGAUUUUGUACAGUUUGCACGUUGGAACAGCCAAUGAGGGCAAAACAUUGUAGGGAUUGUGAUAAAUGUGUAGCGCUACACGACCAUCAUUGUCCAUGGCUUGGGAUUUGUAUUGGAGAAAGAAAUAGGAGACAGUUCUGAGCUUAUUUAGUUGUGGAAUGUGGACUUAUAUGAUGGUCUGGAUUUUGGCUGUUUCAAAGCUUUGAGGAAAGGACUGGGCUAGUAGAAUGAAUGAAGGUAAAUUGGGCAAGAAUUUUUGCAUCAGUUUUUAUUGCCUUUUUUCGGAGAACUUGCUAAAUCUUGCUAAAAAAAAAUCAAGUAAUGCCAAAUCAAUUGGUGGAAAUGCUAACAAAAUGCAAGUAAAAGCUAAAAAUGUCUAAAAUGGGCUAAUUUUCGUCAAAUAUUUUAGCUAUCAGACUAAAAUGCGCUAAAAUAAAAAAUAAAUGCUAAAAAACGGCUAAAAAAAUUUUUUUUGUCUAAAAUGUGCGAAAAUGCUAAAUUAAUAGGAGGCCGCGCUACACUUCACCAUUAAAGGAGUAAGGAAAAAAAAAUUAUAUUAGUUUUUUAAAUAAUUAAUAGAGUCAAUUAGGAUUAAUAAGAAAUGCAAUAUUAAUAUAUACAAAUAUUAAACAGAUAUUAUAAUAGUAAGUAUUUAAUCUUCUAUAUGCAUCUAAUAUAAUGCAAAAACAUUAAUAACGUAUGAUAUACUAAAAUUGAGAAAAAAUUUUUAGCGCAGUUUUAUUUUGAGAAAAUAAGUAUUUGAGUACGGAAAAGUAUGCAUAUUUAGCAUAGAAACACUGCUUGUACUUUUUUGCGCGAAAAUUGAAAUAAAUUCAUAUAAAAUGCACUAUUUAUCAAUAAAUUUCUUUAAUGCAUGCAAUUGAGUUAAAAUGAUUAAGUAUAGCAAUGAAUAGAUUAAAUUGGGUAUAGCAAAACGCGUUUUCUUUAUUUUAUUAUAUUAUAUAAUAUCAUUUUGCUUAACUUGAUAAAAAGUUUUAAAUAGAUGAAAAAAUUAGCAAAGAAACUUACCUGAUUUAACAACUAGCAAAUGCUUAUAGCAAAAUAUACUAUAUGAUUAUAUAAUAUUAAAAUGACAAAUUGGAUUAAAUUUAUCAAAAGCUAAAGGAAAUUUCAUAUAAUUAUAAGAAGCUUCAGUAAAAUUAAAAUUUAUCCAAAAAUUUCCCAUUUAAAAAAUGAAUAAUUAAAAAAUUGUUCGAAUUGAAAAAUAUUGAUUGUGAUUAGAAAGAAAAAUUAUGAUAAUGUAUGAAUCUGGAUUUAGAGUAUCAAAGAAAAUAAAUUUAAUAUAAAGUAUAAUGUCCUCUUAUAGGAUAAAAAUUAGAUUGGAUAAAUAUCAGUCCAAUACAAGUUCGAAUCAAAAAGAAAAAUGAAAUAAAGUAAUAGCUAAUUUAAUUCUAAUUUUAUUGAAAUCUUUUAUAAAUUAAAAUAUAUGGGUUUUUCUUCAGUAAUCUGACUCUUUAUUGAAUCAUCUAGCUUCAUAAUUUUCCCUUCAAACAUCAUUCCAUCAUGAUAAUAUAAUCCGUUUAAGAAAUAAAAUUCUCCACCUUUAUUAAUCUUAGGAUCCUUAAUGAUACUUGUAAAAUGCCCGUUUUUAUAUAAUAUUGCUGAACUAAAAUCAUAUUUCGCAUCAUUUCCAUGUAAAUAAUUUAGAUCAUUAAUUUCUACUUCAUAGUGAUCAUUUUCUGCGAAGAUUAUCAAAUACAUAGGCCCACUCAAUUAGCGUGAUUUUGCAGUCUGCUACGCCUUUACAAUGUGAACAUUGCUGAAAUGUAUUUCUAAAUCUAUAAAUUAAAAAUUGAUGGAAUUCUUUGAAUUCUUUAAUAUCUGAAUCAAUGCAAAAUUCUAGUAAAGAACUUAGUUCAGUCCGAAUUUUUUGGCCUUGGAAACCGCAGCAAUCACAUGAUAAAUAGCUCUCAUAAGAAAUCCUAAAUUCUUUGCAUACAGAAAGCAUGUAAAACAGUGAACUAAUAUGUCCUUCCAAGUUUUUAGCACUCUGUAAUGGCUUAUGCUUUUUCCAAAAAUUUUUCUAUUGCAUCAUUAGAUUGAUUGUUUAAAGCUUCCAUAGUCUCCACCAAAUCUCUAAUCCUUUCAUCUUCUAAAUAUGCAUCAAAUAUAUUUUGUUCAUGGUUUAAGAUUGAUAAAGUGACAACAGUAAAAAAGCUGUCGAAUCUGCAUGAACUAUUUUUCCAUCGGAUUCACUGAAAAUCGCUUACUGGCACAACUUUUCUUUUAACGGGUUUAGGAUUGAAAGGACUCUUGACUAUUCUCUUACCUGUUAAGAUCUUCUUUCUUUAGUGGAGUCAUGAAUGUUGCUUUUUCAUCAAUAUCUGAAUUUUCAUCUUCAUCAUCUUCUUCAUCAAUUUUAUUUUCUUUUUUAUUCUUUUCAUUCUUUCCUUUUUCUUCUUCUGGCAUUUCAAGAUUAGAAUGCGUUGAAUUUUGACUAGUUGACUCAGUUUCUGAGUCAUUUUCAAUUUGUUUUUUGAGAUUCGCCUUCUAGUAUCUUUGCUUUUGAUCUAAAGACAACAGGUUUAUUGCCGCAAGCAAUUAUAUCAUCAUAAAAGUACUUAUAUAGAUUUUGGAGUGCUAAUAUGAAAUCACUUCACAUGAAAUUGACACCUUUAUCCUUGAAAAACUUCUUAAUUUCUCCAUUAAUCCCUUCGAGCAUGGAAUUAGAUCUAUAUCUACGCUCUUCUAUAGAGCUAUAAUUAAGAGUGUUAUCUCGAAAAUAUUUUAAUCAGGUUUUCUUGAAGUAAUUUAUGAAUUUCAUAAGUGAUUCAGAUUCAAUGAAUUCUUUUUCAAUAUUUGCAACCUCUACCUCCAAAUCAUCUAUUUUAUAGCAUAGUUUUUCUAUUCUUUUAAUAAUUUGAUCAGUUUUAUUUCUCAGUUCUGAUGCCUCUUUCUUUUUGUAAAUCCCAAGUGCUUUUGCUUUUCUUUUCAAGCUUUUAUUAAGGUGAUAAAAGCAGCCAAUAAUUCUUUGAUUUGGAAAAGACUCCUUUAUGCUAGAUAUCAAUGCUUGCUCAAAAUCAAUUGUUAUAGAACUCAACUUCAUUGGAAAUCCUGAUAUGGAUAUAUGAAAUUUUAUAAGUGUAAAAAUAUAUGAAUAUAAUCAUUUUUCUCUUGAACUCAUAGCUGCAAAGCAGCCAGGCAUUCUUUUUUUGGGAUACUGGAUCAUAUAUUGCUAUAACUAGUAGUUGGCUAAAUUCUCCUUGAGGCAAAAUCUUGAAAGUUCCAUCAAUAUAUCAGUGAGUGGCUUGCCUCAGCUGUGACAACUGCCAAUCUGUUGCUCAUACAAUGAACUUAUAAUUUUUGUUGUUAAUAUUAAGACUUCCAUGAUUGCGAAGAAAUUGAAUUCCUAUAUCUUUUAUUGUUGAGAAUUGAAAUGAUGCCGUAUACCAAUCAUUUCAGCCACAUUCUAGUUUGAUUUCUUUUAAAUUUUUGCUUAAGACUUGUUUUAUUAAUGCCUGCCAUUAAUGAUGAAUGCUCUCUCUUUUUAAAAUUAAUUCUACCUCUUCAUUAUUCAAAUAAGGAGAUUGUGAAACUAUAUGUUUUUAAAAUAGAAAUGAGCUCUUGCUCUUGCUGAACAUUAACUUUUGGAUUUUCUUGUGGAAUUUCUUCAUGAUUAGAAUGGUCCUUAAGAAUUUCUGCCCUUACUGCGUUUUUUACAGGGUUUUGAAUCCUACAAGAUGCGCGGCAAUUUUAUUGACACAGUAAUAAUAAGAAAAAUUUGCAUGUGAAUUCUUUCUUCUAUAAUAAUAAGUAUUGUUGAUGCAAAUUUGAGUAUAAGCUUCAUGCCAAACGAAAGAGGUGUAAUGCCUUUCAUUGCUAUAAGUAUUUAUAUAUUAUAUUUAUCCAUUAUUGUAAUAAAAAUAAUUAAUUAAUUAAUUCUAACCUAUAUUGAAUUACUUUUAUUUAUUCUAAUUUUUAAAGUCAAUUCAGGGUUGCUUAUCAUACAUAAGCCAAUAUACCUUUGCAUUAAAGUUAUGCUCUUUCGUACAGUAAACCUAGAAUAAUGUUUUACCAUAACCUUUUUUCUAAUUUUUUAUACAAUCUAUUUUUUAAUUGGAAUUGUUUUGAUAAAUUUUAAUUUUUACUGACUCCCCCCCCCCCCCCUCCGUGAGCGAACAAAAAAAUUUUGUUCGCUCACGGAGGGGGGUUAAUUUUUUUUUUUUAAAAAAAAUUUAUAUAUAAAUUUUAUAAAAAAUAUUUUUUUUCGAAAUUAAAAAAAUCCUAAUUUGCAAAAAUUGGGAAGCAAAUAUUAAUUUAAUUUGCAAAAUUUAUGUUUUAAAACGCAAUUUGUUUAAAAUUAAACAGAAUUAGCUCUAGAUUUCAUUAUACUAAUUAUCACUUAUAUAUCAAAAAUUUUUUUCCAUUAAAAAAUUUUUUCUAUUAAAAAAUUUUUGUUCACUCACGAGGGUGGGUUUUUGGUCAAAAAAUGGCGAUUUUUCUAAUGGUUUUGUUCGCUCACGGGGGGGGGGGGGGGAGUGAAGCUUCUUAUAAUGAUUUGAAAUUUCCUUUAGCUUUUGAUAAAUUUAAUCCAAUUUGUCAUUUUAAUAUUAUAUAAUCAUAUAGUAUAUUUUUCUAUAAGCAUUUGCUAGUUGUUAAAUCAGGUAAGUUUCUUUGCUAAUUUUUUCAUCUAUUUAAAACUUUUUAUUAAGUUAAGCAAAAUGAUAUUAUAUAAUAUAAUAAAAUAAAGAAAACGCGUUUUGCUAUACCCAAUUUAAUCUAUUCAUUGCUAUACUUAAUCGUUUUAACUCAAUUGCAUGCAUUAAAGAAAUUUAUUGAUAAAUAGUGCAUUUUAUAUGAAUUUAUUUCAAUUUCGCGCAAAAAAGUACAAGCAGUGUUUCUAUGCAAAAUAUGCAUACUUUUCCGUACUCAAAUACUUAUUUUCCCAAAAUAAAAUUUGCGCUAAAAAUUUUUUCUCAAUUUUAGUAUAUCAUACGCUAUUAAUGCUUUUGCAUUAUAUUAGAUGCAUAUAGAAAAUUAAAUACUUACUAUUAUAAUAUCUGUUUAAUAUUUGUAUAUAUUAAUAUUGCAUUUCUUAUUAAUCCUAAUUGACUCUAUUAAUUAUUUAAAAAACUUAUAUAAUUUUUUCCCUUACUCCUUUAAUGGUGAAGUGUAGCGCGGCCUCCUAUUAAUUUAGCAUUUUCGCACAUUUUAGACAAAAAAAAAUUUUUUAGCCGUUUUUUAGCAUUUUUAUUUUUUAUUUUUAGCGCAUUUUAGUCUGAUAGCUAAAAUAUUUGACGAAAAUUAGCCCAUUUUAGACAUUUUUAGCUUUUACUUGCAUUUUGUUAGCAUUUUCACCAAUUGAUUUGGCAUUUACUUGAUUUUUUUAGCAAGAUUUAGCAAGUUCUCCCCUUUUUUCUAUUUUUUGUUACUUGUCUGCUUGUUUUUCAUACGUAUCUUGCUAUCACAAAUCAAACUACUUGGGAAAAUAUUUCUUGGGAAAGAAUAUCAUAUCUAAAAAAGUGGCCUAAAAGCUAUGGAAGCCCAUUCAGCAAAGGAUGCUUAUCAAACAUAUACAUUUAUUGCUGCAAACCGCUUCCUAAAACAUAUACAAGCUGGAUAAUGCCAGCAAGAUUGCCUGACAAAAACCCUAAAAAAUGCUGCUGUAUUGUUUAA